CUCGUCAAUGGUAAUCAAAAUCUCACUUUAUUAUAAACAUAAAGUAUUUUUGUUGAAAUGUAUUCUCUGAGCCACAGUGAGCAACGACGUUAUGUGCAUCCUCGGGUCAUGGCGAGCACAGCUCCCGCUGAGAACGUGGACCGUGAGUUGAUCUGCUCCAUCUGCCUGGACACGUUUGAUUGCCCCUGCACGCUCAGCUGCGGCCACUCGUUCUGCCUCCAGUGCCUGGAGGACACCUGGAUGGACACAUACUCCUACUGCUGCCCGCAGUGCCGCAAGACUUUCCGUCGACGACCCCAGCUGACCAGGAACGUGACGAUCGCCAACCUCGUAGAGCAGCUGCGAGUGACUGAGACCAUGGUUGCUGCUGCUGCUGCUGCUGGUGGUGUUGUUUUCUGUGACCACUGUCCAGGAGGCAAGAUGCCUGCAGUGAAGACCUGCCUCAGGUGUGAGACAUCCUUCUGCAGAGUGCACCUCGCGCCUCACCUGGAGAGGGUGAAGUUGAAUGACCACGUCCUGGUUUCACCAGAUGUGAACCCUGAAGAACGUAAGUGUAAGAGGCACAAACAAGAGCUCAUGUUCUACUGCAAGCAAGAUGUGAGCCUCGUGUGCACAGUCUGCGCCUUCACUGGAGAACAUAAAGGGCAUGAUGUCGACACGCUGGAGCGUGAGCAUCAGACACGGAAGAGUGGAGUCGAUGAGGAGAUGCGAGUGGUGGAGGAGGAGAGGAAAAAGGCGGAGGCAUCCUUGGGACAGAUGAAGGCCACUCGCAAGGACGUGCAGGAUUGCAUGGUCCAGACAAAGGCUCAUAUCUCAGGCGAGUUCAACCGCAUGAGGGCGAUGCUGGAUGAGGACGAGAGGGCAGCUCUGGAUCGCGUGGAUGUGAAGGGGCGCGAGCUGCUGUCCCGGAUCGAGGAGAACAUCGCUCAUUACGAGCGCGAGAUCAGCGACCUCCAGGCAGCAGCCACGCACCUGCGCACUUUGCAGGAGGAGAGGGACUCGCUCACGUUCCUGCAGGUUCACCUGAAGGAGAAAAACCGGAGAGGCACUCAGAAGGAAGCUCCACACUCAUCUCCCAGCAAAGAAGACAUUGCCACGAUCAGCGCACAGCAGCGAGCUCUGAUCAACUUGCUGCCGUUAAUGUAUGGACGCUCACCAACUCUGGACCCAAACUCGGCCCACAACAACCUCCAGAUUUCUUUGGAUCUCAGGAUGGUGACGCGAACCACUGUCUCCCGGGGUCGCCCCGAUCGCCACCCAUGCCGGUUUGAUGUCUAUUACCAAGCCCUGUGCUCCAAAAGCUUUUCGUCCGGUCAGCACUACUGGGAGGUAGACGUGGGGGGAGCGGCGGGGGGCUGUAUGGUUGGAGUCGCAUACGAGACGAUCGCACGGAAAGGGAGUGGUGACAAGUGUAGGCUGGGAGAGAACGACUCAUCCUGGGUUUUAUGUAAAAAUAACAACAGCUGCUGCAUUAUUCAUGGUGGUGUCUGGACUUCAGUGCCGGUGAGGGAUCCUCCCCGGAGAGUCGGGUGUCACCUGCACUGGGAGGCGGGGCUGCUGUCAUUUUACUGCGCCGACUCCAUGGAGCUGUUGCACUCCAUCCACCACUCGUUUAGUCAACCGCUCUACCCCGCACUGUGGGUGGGUGAUGUUGUUGGUAGCUCAGUGAGGAUUCUGGAUUUGAGUCGUGCGUCCUGAGAGCACGGAGUGUGAGCAGCGCAGAGGAGCAGCGCAGAGAAACGGGCACAACGCACAGACUCACGCACACAAAGACACAGACCCCCGUGUAGCCUUAACAGGCUGUUGGGGCAAGUGCUGUUAGCAAGCACCUAUGAAGGCUGGCACGGCACUCGAGGGGGUAGGUGGCCAACACCACGCCCGGCCGCCUUUGUCUUCCCAGUGGUGACGUUUACACACUGCACCAGGGACUCAUUUGAGGCUGAGUCGACCUAGGGGAGGCCCAUGACCGGUUUACGAACAACAUUGAUAGCGAUUAUUUGAAUCGGUUUUGGGUCUCCCCUAGGUCGAUUCAGCUUCAAAUGAGAACCUGCUACGGUGUGUAAACAUUGCCACUGG